AGACAUCACACUGCAAGCACUACUAGAGAAUCUACUCCUUCUUUUGCUUUUUUCCUUUUUCUCAACAAGAUGACUUCUUCUUCCAUGUUGGUGGUAUUGUUUUUCUCCUUUCAAUUGGUAGUACCAUACGUUGCUGCUCAGUCAGUGGGAGUGUGUUAUGGGAUGCUCGGCGACAACUUGCCGUCACGGCCGGAAGCAGUGCAGCUCAUUCAGUCCGUGGGCUUCAACAAGGUCCGGCUGUACGGCCCAGACGGGGACGCACUGAAUGCCUUAAGGAACACGGGCAUCGAAGUCAAUGUGGAUGUGGCCAACGAUGAUCUGCAGAGGAUGGCCAACGACGCCUCCUUCGCCAGCUCCUGGAUCUCCAGCAACAUCCAGCCAUACUUGCCGGACGUCAGCUUCAAGUAUAUCACCGUCGGCAACGAAGUCAUCCCAGGCGACGCGGCCCAGUACGUGCUACCCGCUAUGAAGAACAUGGUCAACGCCCUGGGCUCGGUCGGUCUCCGAGACCAGAUCAAGGUGUCCACGUCCGUUUCCAUGGGGGUCAUCGGCGUCUCGUAUCCUCCCUCUCAAGGUUCAUUUUCCGAUCAAGCCGCUCCCAUCAUGGGUCCUAUCGUCCAAUUCCUCGCUGGCACCGGCGCCCCUCUCAUGGUCAAUGUGUACCCAUACUUCAGCUAUGUGGGCAACCGCCAGGCCAUACAACUUGACUAUGGACUCUUCACCGCUAACCGAGUUGUGGUCACAGACCCUAACAACGGGCUGGCAUAUACAAAUCUGUUUGAUGCCAUGGUAGAUUCUGUCUAUUCAGCAAUGGAGAGAGCUGGUGCCGCCGGUGUUCCCAUCCAGGUGUCCGAGAGUGGGUGGCCAUCGGCUGGAGGCGACCCGACUGUCACUACCAUAGGGAAUGCUCAGACCUAUAACCAAAACCUGGUGAGGCAUGCUGCACAGGGCACGCCAAAGAGGCCGGGGCCCAUGGAGAUUUUUGUGUUUGCUCUAUUCAAUGAGGACCAGAAGUCCGCUGGCAUCGAGCAAAACUGGGGCCUCUUCUACCCUAACAAGCAGCCCGUCUAUCCCAUCGGCGUAAACUAGGAGCUCAAAGGUCCAAAAGCUAUCUAGCUUAGUUAUGGACAAUAGUUGCACUCUUUUACUGUGUUCUUUUUUUGGUGAAGAGGAGUUCAGUCAAAAUUCAAGCUUAUAUGACCACUAAAUAGUUCCAUAAGUUACGGGUUUUCAUAAGACCUCCGCAAUGUGCUCAACUAGAAUUGCUUUAUUUACUAGAAUAAAGCAACUGGCUGGAAAAUAAUAAGUUCUUGAAUAAUGGAAAUAGAGACAAUUGCUACUACUUUACUAGCAGCCACAACCAUAAUAAAAUCUUUUUUUGAGCAGUACUGCUAA